GAGAACGAGAUCCUGUUCACCAUGAGCUACAACCCCUCCUACUGCUGGAUCCUCGGUCUGGCACUGGGUCUGUUUUUCACAGAAAGACACAGGAACCCGCAGCGAGUUCCCAAGACCAUCACCCAAUUAUAUUCCUACUAUAUUUACAACAUCGUGAAAAACCACAGUCGUGAGAUUGAAAACCCCCGUGAUGUGUUUCUGAAUGUUGGUCAGAUGGUCUUCACAGGAGUGUCCAAGAAGAAGAUUGUGUUUACAGAUGGAGAUUUGAUCAAGUACAAUCUGCAGCCUUCCCAGUUCCUGUCCGGGUUCUUGAUGGAACUUUUGGAGAGAGAGGAUUGUGGCCGGAGCGUGGUGUACACAUUCCCACACCUCACCAUCCAAGAGUUUGUAGCCGCACUCGCACAAUUCAAGACUCCAGAUCGGAGGUAUAUCCUGAAACUCCUCACUGAAGCCCACAGCACGACGGACGGGCGAUUUGAGGUGUUUCUCCGUUUUGUUGCCGGUCUCUCCUCCUCAGGGUCAGUUCGGGGACUGGAGGAGUUUCUGGGUCCAUUUCCCCAUCAAACAACCUGCCGAGUGGUUGACUGGGUGAAGGAGGAGAUUAAACGUCAGAUUGGAAAUAUAGGGAGUAAAGCUGGUAAAAGGAGCCUCCUGAACACACUGCAUUACCUGUUUGAGUCUCAGAACCGUGGACUGACUCAGGCCACACUGGGAUCUGUGGAAACACUUUCAUUCUGUGGAUUGCGACUGACCCCGAUUGACUGCGCCGUCCUGUUUCAUGUCAUUGGGCUCUGUGAUACAAUGAAACGCCUCGAUCUGCGGGGCUGCUUCAUUCAUUGUGAAGGGCUCCAGCGGCUGGGACCGGCGCUGCACAAUUGCAGGGAAUUAGGACUGGAGAACAACGACCUGGGAGAUUCUGGACUGAAACUGGUGUCUGCGGCUAUGAGGGACCCAGAGUGUAACAUACAGAGACUGGGGCUGGGGGUGAACCGUCUCACAGAUUCUGGUGCCGAGGAUCUCGCGUCCGCUCUCAGUACAAACCGCUCACUGACGGAGCUGGACCUGAGUGGUAAUAAACUGGGAGAUUCGGGAGUGAAACUGGUGUCUGCGACACUGAUGGAGCCGGGCUGUAAAAUACAGACACUGCGGCUGGGGGAUGUCGGUCUCACAGAUUCUGGUGCCGAGGAUAUCGUCUCCGCUCUCAGUACGAAACGCUCACUAACAGGGCUGGGCCUGGGAUCAAAUUCCCUCACAAACUGAUCUGUCCCCGCUCUCCGCCGCCUCAUCCUGGCCCUCCCGAGUCUGGAGUGGAUCGGGCUGCGGGGGAAUCAGUUCAGUCGGACCGGGGAGAAGGAAUUGAGGUCGCUGCAGGAAACCAGACCCGGACUGUGUGUCGACCUGUGAACGUCCAAAUGUACAGACAUCCUCUCCGGCGGGAUGGGAAUAGUUUUUGGCCGGUUUACCGCCCCUCCCUUUAAACGCGCGCGCUCCCGGUUUAAAUCCCAACGGCCGGGGCGGAGCGCGCGCUCCCCGCUGUGACAUCAGUGGGAGUCCCGGUGACACGUGACUCGACCGCUGCCACGGAUAUCCGGGGCCGGAUGCCGCCUAGUGGGGCACUGGGGAUUAGAGAGACAGGAAGGUUCCAGGACAGUCUGGGACACAAGUGAUCGCAUUCAGUAUCCGGGGUGGGGCUCAGUCUGGGACACGUGUAAUGGCAUUCAGUGUCCAGGGUAACACUCAUUCUAGGACACGAAUGAUGGCAUUCAGUGUCCGGGGUGGGGCACACCCUGGGACGCCAGCAAUUCCAUUGAGUGAUACGGGAGUCAAUUAGUCGAGAUAACUCCAGACCUGUAGCGUUCUCGGACACGUCCCUGAACUGUGAUUUAUAAUCGCCGUGCUGUUAAUCUGAGUGAAGACAGAGAGCAUCCAGCAACUCCUUCUGGUGUUGACUGACGUUGAUAAAAGGGGCUGAUCAUUCAACUUGCCGUUCAUUGUCGCUUGUCUGUUAAUUGUGCGCGAAUCGCACUGAAUUGUAAGAAUUUUAGUUUAUCUGCACGUCAGAAAGUCACUCAGUCUUUAACUUACAAUCGUCAUG